AGUGGUCACAAGAACCAGACUCGUGAAGACGGACGAACAGAGAGAGGGAGAGAGAGAGAUGUCGAUACCUCCAAAAAGCCCCAAACCUUUUAUCUCUCUCUUUCUCUUUCUCUCCGUCUCUUUCCACUGAAUUCGAUUCCAUGGUGGUGCGUCUCUGACAGCAAGCAGGGUUGGGUGGUCUUAUCUUCUCUUCUCUAACCCCUCUCCCUCUCUCUCUCCACUGCAACUGUCUGCGCAAACUUGGUUGUCUCGUCGCGGCAGAUUUGUCAAUUUUCACUCGAACGGUUUCGGGAAAGGUACUUGGACCUUCGAUUCUUUUCCUCUCUGAUCUGGGUGGGGCGUGAGAUUCAGGAAUUCGGUGAUCAUGCUUCAGAGUCUGGUGCCUCAGUCCCCCAUCAAUUCCAACACCACCACCACCACCAACAACCACCCUGCGGCUAGUAAUUCUUCCUCCAUGAGAGCCAAGCGCAGCGUCGACCGUGGAGAGUCCUCCGGCGACCACGACGAGGACUCGUCCCGGAAGCGCGUGAAUUUGUCCGCGGAGGCGUCUAUUUCCGGCGAGAAGACCGGCGCCGCCGACCAGGACGAAGCGCUGGUCGACAGCGAGUCCUCCGGUCUGCGGCUUUUAGGCCUUCUGCUGCAAUGUGCCGAGUACAUCGCCGUGGACAACCUCGACGAAGCCAGCGAUCUGUUGCCGGAAAUCUGGGAGCUCUCGUCGCCGUUCGGGUCCUCGCCGGAGCGCGUCGCGGCGUACUUCGCCGAAGCUCUGCAGGCGCGAGUCAUCAGCUCGUGCCUUGGCACCUACUCUCCGCUCAACAUCAAAGCCCUAACCCUUGCCCACAGCCAGAAGAUCUGCAACGCUCUCCAGUCCUACAAUUCCAUCAGUCCGCUCAUCAAAUUCUCGCACUUCACCGCCAAUCAGGUCAUCUUCCAGGCGCUCGAAGGAGAGGAUUGCGUCCACGUCAUCGACCUCGACAUAAUGCAAGGGCUCCAAUGGCCGGGGCUGUUCCACAUCCUCGCCUCCCGGUCCAAGAAACUCAGAUCAAUGCGAAUCACCGGCGUCGGAUCGUCGAUUGAGCUGCUCGAAGCCACCGGCCGUCGCCUCGCCGACUUCGCGAGCUCCCUCGGCCUGCCGUUCGAGUUCCACCCGCUGGAAGGCAAGGUCGGCAACAUAACCGACCUGAGUCAACUCGUGGUCCGGCCGGGCGACGCCACGGUGGUGCACUGGAUGCACCACUGCCUGUACGACAUCACUGGGAGCGACUUGGGGACGCUGAGACUGCUGACUCUUCUCCGGCCGAAGCUGAUCACCAUCGUGGAGCAAGAUCUGAGCCACAGGGGCAACUUCCUCGGGCGGUUCGUCGAGGCGCUGCAUUACUACUCCGCGCUGUUCGACGCGCUGGGGGACGGACUUGGUGCGGACAGCGUAGAGAGGCACCAGGUGGAGCAGCAGCUGUUCGGGAGCGAGAUCAAGAACAUCGUCGCCGUCGGGGGCCCGAAGCGCACCGGCGAGGUGAAGGUGGAGCGGUGGGGAGAGGAGCUCCGUCGGAUCGGGUUCCGACCCGUGUCGCUGGCGGGCAACCCGGCGGCCCAGGCGAGCUUGUUGCUGGGGAUGUUCCCGUGGAGAGGCUACACUCUGGUGGAGGAAAACGGGUGUUUGAAGCUGGGCUGGAAGGAUCUGUCGCUGUUGACCGCCUCCGCCUGGCAGCCGUCCGAUUAGUUUACUCCGUCGUUUUCAGCCGUCCAUUUUGGAAAUGCCAGUCGGCUUGACAUUGCAAUCGGGGCUCUCUCUCUCUCUCUCUCUCUCUCUCUCUUCUCUAAUAAUAGGUGCUGAAGAGGCAAAGGGUCCUCCUUUUCUUUCAUAUAACAUAAUUUAAUUCUUUUGAAUAUUGCAAAA